AUGAGGACAAGCGCGGCACCGUCGGAAGAGGAACUUAGGAAGAGCGUGUUCCAUGUGCGAGUGACGCGCGAAAUUGACGCACCUGUUGAAAGAGUUUGGGAUACCCUGACGGAUGUUCCUCAUUAUCAUGAGUGGUGCAUGAUUGUUGUUGACGCGUCGAAACGGAAGGAGCAGGAUCAGGUGCUGAUGCAGGACAAAUUCCUGCUGAUGACCUGUUUCAUCCUACCAAUGACGACCAAGCCGUUCGAGCGCAUCGUUGUCGUCGACCAUCAGAAUCACCGACUCUCCUGGGUAAAUAUUGACUAUCCGUCGUGGGCGAUGCGCGCACAGCGUUGGCAGACGUUGACUGCGAGCACUGCGAGUAAUGGCAGAACGCGGUAUGAAACGUGGGAGGCAUUUGAUGGCGUGCUAGCCUACAUUGUCAAGUGGGUGUUGGGCCGAAAGUUGAGAGAGGCGUUUGGAGCGUUCGCCGACGCGCUCAAGACACGCUGUGAAGGAUGA